AUGUCACCAGAUCUCAAGGUGUGGAAACAGAUAGGCGUUGCUUUUAACAAGGGAGACCAUAAAAUAACAGUGGAGAAAAAAGGAGAGGUGAACGCAGGUGAGCCGGUGUGGAAGAGGACAGGCAGCCAGGUUGAGCAGACAGGCAGACGGACAGACGGCAGGACGGAUACACGGGUGGGGGCUGUGCUAGGCGGCUCGGCGGCAGGCUGGUGGAAGAUGUCGUCAGGAGCCGGUGGGAGGGGCGGAAGGCAGCUCAGGGGGACAGCAAGCGGCGGGGGCGGAGGAGGGCGAGGAGGGGCAGGAGAGGCGGAGGAAGGCCCCGUGGGGAUCCCUUUCCCCGAGCACAGCGCCGACAUCCUGGGCAGCCUGAACAAGCAGCGGCUCAGCGGCCUGCUGUGCGACGUGCUCCUGGUCACUCAGGAUCAGGAGUUUCCUGCUCACCGCUCCGUCCUGGCCUCUUGCAGCUCAUACUUCCACAAGCUCUUCACUUCAGGUGCCGCUGCCGAUCAACAGAACAUCUACAACAUCGAAUUUGUGCCAGCGGAGGCCCUGGGAGCAUUGCUGGACUUUGCCUACACAGCCACAUUGACAGUCAGCCACAGCAGUGUGGCGGACAUCCUUGCCGCUGCUCGCCUCCUGGAAAUUUCACCUGUCCAGGACGUCUGUACUCACCUGCUGGACACCAAAGUGCUCUCCCCGCCGGCGGGCAAUGAGCAACGAGAUGAAGAUGAAAAUAGGGAGGGAAAGGGCAGAGGGGGCAAGGAGCAGGGGAACCGGGUGCGGGCCCGGGAGUACCUGGAGUACUUCCAGAGAGGGGCGCACUGGAGCAGCAGCUGCAGCACGCCAGAGCUCAGGGACCUGCCUACACACCUGCACUUUAACCAUGGCAAUGGCCCCAGCAACGGGGCUCCUGGUGGCCCCGGUGAGUACCUCUCCCCCCUGGCCCUCGCAUUUGCCCAGGCCCCAACACAGGAGCCAGAAGAAGAGGACGAGGAUGAAGAGGAAGAUGAGGACGGGGAGCCAGUGCAGGGGAAUGGAGCGAGCCUGGGGUCGUCUUACUACCCCCCAUCCCAGAAUGGGCACUUCUACCUCCCACCUGACUCGAGGCUGGGGCAGGAGACCGAAGUGGAGGAAAGUGGUAGGGAAGCGAGGGAGAGGGAGAGGGAGAGGGGCUCAGCCAGUGCCCUCCUGCAGCAGAUGAUGGACUCCAUCGAGAGGCAAAAGGAGCGUGCAACGACCGGGGAUGACCUAGGAGAUGGGGACGACCCAGACAUGGAAUUUUACUUGAAUUAUUUUAACAGCACACAGCAUGAGGAUACAGCUUCUGCUGCUGUGACAGAGGGUGUGCCGCCGCUCUGGUUAUCACGGGGCAGUACUGGCCAAGACAGAGGAGGAGAGCGGGUUGUUGGAGAGAGAGGCAGCGGGGGUGGAGGAGGUGGAGGAGAGAGGAAGAUGCGCUCUAAGGCCUUCCAGAAGUGCCCCAUAUGCUCCAAGGUCAUUCAAGGAGCAGGCAAGCUACCCCGCCAUAUCCGAACGCACACGGGAGAGAAACCCUAUGAAUGCGCCAUCUGCAAAGUGCGCUUUACCAGGCAGGACAAGCUCAAGGUUCAUAUGAGGAAGCAUACAGGAGAGAAGCCUUACCUGUGUACGCAAUGUGGAGCCGCCUUUGCUCACAACUACGACCUGAAGAACCACAUGCGUGUACACACAGGCCUGCGUCCCUAUCAGUGCUCAAGCUGCUUUAAGACUUUUGUGCGCUCCGAUCACCUGCACCGCCACCUCAAGAAGGACGGCUGCAACGGCAUCCCCUCUCGUCGAGGUCGAAAGCCUCGGAUGCGGGAGCCAGGGCAUCUUGAGUCCCCGUUGGGUCUGCUGAGCACCAGCUCAGACACAGGGCCUGCACCUCUUACCAUCAGGGGACGGCGGCGUUCAGAGGCAGCCUCAGCGGCGGAGAUGGGGGGGGUAGCUGGAGCUCAUGCACACAGUCCUCAGCUGCAGGAGUUGGCUGGGGAGGCUGGGCCCUGAGACUGCUGGAGCAUCAAGGACACUGCUGGAUACCAUAGUCACUCUGCACUGCCUGUGAGACAGGCCAGUGAACAGAGGAGAAAAAACACGCAAAGACAAACUUAAAAAAAACAAUUUAACAACUAACUAUUCCUCUAUAAACCAAAUCAGGGUGUCACAAAAAUCUAAUCUUUAUAUUUCUUUCUCCUUUUACUUUAGAAAAGAGUAGACUUGCAAGCACUUGAGUCAGUGUAUCUGUUAAAGAGCAAAGAACGCUUCACAUCAUACACCCAUGACGUCCCCUUUCUGGGCCAUUUUCUUCUUUAUAAUAUUAGGGUUUUUAUACAUUGGCAUAUGGGCUUAGGCAAAUGUAUAAUAGAUACGAAGAAACUCUGAACAACUAUGCAGUUGAUUUAGAUUUUUAUUGGUUUUGUCCUCACAGCCUUCAAGCUCUAAGCAAGGUGUCUGUCAAGCACCUUCUGGCUGCUGUACGGGUGAAGCGAGGACAAAUCCUCCCGGUGAAAACAACUCUUUUUCUAUUCUUUUGCAGGUCUGAAAUGUACAGUUACCAUAGAAACAACAUUGCCACAAUAUGGCAUAUGCAAGGAAAACUCACCACAGUUUUGAUGCAACAGUUUUCUCUCUCUAAAUGUUCCAGAAAGAAUCAGACGAGGGUUUGAUUGAAGUGUUACUUACUCUAUGAAAUGCAUUUUAAGAAUCUAAGGUUUGUCUUAUUGAAAAACAAAUUCACCUUGAGUCGAAUCCACGUUAAUGGGGGCUCAUCAAUUGCAGGACUAGGGAAAAUGAGGGGUGGAGGGAUUGUGUUUUUAAAGCACUACCAUCGUCAAUGUGUCUGUUGGCUUGACUACAUGGCCUCUUAUUCCUCACAAUUCUGCAAUUUCAGCAUUUCUGUUUUCCCUUUUGAUUUUGUCUUAAUUUUUUUUGUCGUUGUUCCUUUUUGUUGACUGCUUCGGGUACUUGACACUUUAUAAUUGUAUACAUGUAUAUACAGCAGGUGGUAAAUAUGACAUUGGUCCCUUCUUAAUGCUGAGGUGUACUUACCGAUCGGGUUUUUUCCUCUUAGGCUUGAUGUCAUAUUUCUCAAAGAGUGAAGCUUGCGGGUGAACGAAAAAAAAAACUGUAUGAAUGUUUGAUGAAACAAAACAAAACAUAAGUCACCUAUUUGUCCUAAUCACUUGACAUGUAUAGUUCCUGCCCAAAGGAUGAGGAGGUCGAACGAAUGAAUGUGUUAACUGCAGUUUUUCGGAAUCUGUCCUUGUGUGACAAGGCGCGGGUAGCAUUUAACCAACCGCAGGUUAAAAGAAAUGGCAGGGAGCCCAAGUGAGAGAGUGACAAAGAAUACGAAGAAGAAGAAAUAGAUGAGCACCUUUUUUUUUUUUUCUAUGUUUGCACAGCUUUACUAAAGAUAUCCAACCGAGUGAGAGAGAGAGAGAGAGAGAGAGAGAGAGAGAGGGGUAUAUUUAAAGGAAGUGGGCUGGUGUCAGGGAAGGAGCGAGAGCAGGUUUAUGUAUCAUGCUUAUUCCAAUUCUUUUGCCCGAGGGACCACACAACCGUGAGGCAACCUGUAUGAUGAAGAGAGCAAUAAAUACCUGUCCAAGUUGGGAGGCCAAAUAGGAGCGCAGCUGCAGCUGGUUGAUGGGGGGAGGGGAACAAGGGAAGGGGAGGGGGAUCUCACAAUGUCUGUUGCAUUCCAAAAAAUAAUCUCCCCCAGCUCAGCCACGUUUCCAGGCAGGAGGGGAUCAAAUCAGGCCUUUUCUCUCCCUCGCUCUCCCUCUGUAGUCCUCUAAUGCCCCCGAACCAGCCUGGAGGGGAUAUUAUUAUAUUAGAGUCUGGUGUUGCUGUGGGUAGGACGCCUGGUGCUGGCAGUUUAGUGUGCGAUGGUGUUUACAUGUACGUGUGUUUGUGUGCAUGUGUGUGUGUGCGUGGCAGCCAGGGUCCCUCUGGCCACAUCAUCACUGUGUGAGUCAGCCACAGCCUGUUCAAACAUGCACCCUGAGCUGCCAGCCCCAAUGCACUUUCUCUGCCUCACACACACACUUGCUGAGUGCAGGUAUCCUGCAGAGAAGGGGAAAGCACCAGAGCUGACAUAUCUGUUAGAUAUUGUCAGUGACUCUGGAUUUGUCCAUUUUAAAAUCUCUAGCUGCGUUUUUGUUCUCCAAGCCCAACGUUAUUUCCCAAGCCAACACACUGAGCCUUUGGAGAACAUGCAUGUGGGUUUUUGAGCCUCCCCCUAGAACUUACAUAGUCGUGCUGUAGUUCAACUACCAGUCCCCUUUUGCACCUUAAUUGGAAAGAGGCAGGUCAUGAAUGCACUUUGUUACUGAGGAGGGCACUUUUGUCAACAAAACGGGUACUUCAGAAACAAACCAGUUGCAAAUGAGAUAAGUCCUUUCUUCUGUCCAUGGGGUUGAAGUCGAGCUCCUUCGCCGGUUCUUUUCAGUUUUUGAUGACAAGCUGCCAAGAAAAAUAAAAAAAUUAAACCUUAAUUAUGCUAAAUCAGAUCUCAGAAAGAGAAGCCAGACAGGUUUCAGCUACAAAAAUGUUGAGUAUUGUGACUUAAAAAAUUACUAAAUUAACCCAUGUGACUGAUUGCACUUGAAGUUAGUUGUCAAAAAGAAAUCUAGUGAGUGGUGUUUAUGUCUUAAUGUUAAGAAAGGGGGAUGGAAGGAGGAGACAGACGAAAAAGAAAGUGUACGCUGCGUGUGUGUGUGUGU